CGACGAUGGCUCGGUACUUACCCGUGCGCGCGUGCCUCUUCGCGUCGCUCUUCGGCGUCGCGACGUCCCUCGUGGGCCCCGCGCCCGCGUUCCGCCACGCGCGGUCGCCCGUGGUCCGGAGCGUCCUCGCGGAGCCGAGCGUCGCGUCGCCGGCCGAGCUCGCGAAGGACUUCGACCUCAAGGCGUACUUCGCCCAGAAGGUCGCCGCCGUCGAGAAGGCGCUGGACGAGUCGCUGACGUGCACGACGCCGGAGACGAAGAUCAUCGUCGAGUCCAUGAGGUACUCGCUGCUCGCCGGGGGCAAGCGCGUCCGGCCCGUCAUGUGCAUCGCGGCGUGCGAGAUGUUCGGCGGCACGGAGGCCAUGGCCAUGCCGACGGCCGUGGCCAUCGAGAUGAUCCACACCAUGUCGCUCAUCCACGACGACCUGCCCGCGAUGGACAACGACGACCUGCGGCGCGGCAUGCCGACGAACCACGUCAUCUACGGCGACGACGUCGCGAUCCUCGCGGGCGACGCGCUGCUGUCCACGUCCUUCGAGCACUGCGCCGUCGGGUCGACGGCCGAGGGCAUCCCCGCGGAGCGCAUCGUCGAGACGAUCCGCCGCCUCGGCGAGGCCGUGGGCGCCGUCGGGCUCGCGGGCGGCCAGGUCAUGGAUUUGGAGUGCGAGGCCAAGUCCGGCGUGUCCCUCGAGGAGCUCACGUGGAUCCACACGCACAAGACGGCCAAGCUGCUGGAGGUGUCCGUCGCCGCCGGCGCGGUGCUCGCGGGCGCGGCGAAAGAUGACGUCCGGCAGUGCGAGACGUACGCGAACGACAUCGGCAUCGCCUUCCAGGUCGCCGACGACAUCCUCGACGUCACGGCGACGUCCGAGAUGCUCGGCAAGACCGCGGGCAAGGACGAGGACACGGACAAGACGACCUACCCCAAGCUCAUGGGCCUCGACGGCGCGCGCGCCGAGGCCGACCGCCUCUACAGCGAGGCCAUCGACAGCCUCGCGCCCUACGGCGAGAAGGCCGUGCCCCUCAUCGCCAUCGCCAAGUACAUCGUCGAGCGCCAAAACUGAGCGCGCGGCCCCCGCGCCAAGCUCCCCGCCGCCCCCUUAAAAACCUGCCCUCGAU